CGGGGACGCCGCGUAGGCUGGGCAGGCCGGGUGGCCGGGCGCCGGGCUUGUAGCUGGAGCUCCAUGUCUAGUUGUGUCUCCCCACGAUGUUGCCCUCCCGGAGGAAAACAGCGCAGCUGCCCUGGGAGGAUGGCAGGAGAAGCGAUAGAGGAAGCCGCCUUGGACUCUCAGAUGCUUUCCUAGUGUCCUUAGGAACUACCAGGGUAGGCAAAGGGCCAGGUUGCUUCCUGGAGGUCUCCGCCGAAAAUGUUCCAUCUUCCAUCUCUUCGUUGCCUUUCUCCUGUUGGUCUCCUUCUCCCUGCUCUGGCUGCAGCUCAGCUGUUCUGCAGACAUGGCCCAGGUGGCCAGGGGGCAAGGACAGGAGACCUCGGCUCCACCCCGGGCUUGCCUCCCUGAGCCUCCCCCUGAGCACUGGAAAGAAGAUGAGUCCUGGGGGCCUCACCGCCUGGCAGUGCUGGUGCCCUUCCGGGAACGCUUUGAGGAGCUGCUGGUCUUUGUGCCCCACAUGCACCACUUCCUAAGUAGGAAGAAGAUCCGGCACCACAUCUACGUGCUCAACCAGGUGGAUCAUUUCAGGUUCAACCGGGCAGCACUCAUCAAUGUGGGCUUCCUGGAGAGCAGCAACAGCACAGACUACAUCGCUAUGCAUGACGUCGACCUGCUCCCUCUCAACAAGGAGCUGGACUACGGCUUCCCGGAGGCCGGGCCCUUCCAUGUGGCGUCCCCAGAGCUUCACCCCCUCUACCACUACAAGACCUAUGUGGGUGGCAUUCUGCUGCUCUCCAAGCAGCACUACCAGCUGUGCAACGGGAUGUCCAACCGCUUCUGGGGCUGGGGCCGAGAGGACGAUGAAUUCUACCGACGCAUCAAAGGAGCUGGCCUCCAGCUUUUCCGCCCCUCGGGAAUCACAACUGGGUACCAGACUUUUCGUCACUUACAUGACCCAGCCUGGCGGAAGAGGGACCAGAAACGCAUUGCAGCUCAAAAACAGGAACAAUUCAAGGUGGACCGGGAGGGAGGCCUAAACACUGUGAAGUACCGGGUGGAUUCCCGCACAGCACUGUCUGUAGGAGGGGCCCCCUGCACUGUUCUCAAUAUCCUGCUGGACUGUGACAAGGCAGCCACCCCAUGGUGCAUAUUUGGCUGAGGGCUAAACUGUAAGGAAGCCUAUGCUUCCAGACCUCAACGCUGCUCAGGCUCAGGAAACCUCGGCCAUAGGCCCAGCUCAAGAGAAUGCAGAGCGGCCUGAAGGAAUAGCCAGCCAGUCUGCUUCUUCAGCAAACUGGCCCCCAGAGUCGCGCUCCAGACAGGACACAAGUAGUUCCUGGGAUGCUGCUGGAAAAGUUUGUCAGAGCUGACUGACAUUCUCCCCCCUCCUUCCUGCUUACCCUGCUCUGCCUGCCUACCCAUGCUGAGGCCUGAGGCAAUGGGAAGAUGGACUAGGAUAGCCUCAGCAGCCUGUCUGCUUCUCCAGAAGAACAGCCUCAUGCAAAGAUGCAGACAAAAGCCACAUAGUGUGUUUGGCAGCUGCUACCGGGAAGCUUAGAAGGGCAGAACAUGAGCCCAUGGAAAAGGAGCAGCCAGCACUAGGGAUAGCCGGCUGUCACAUUGAGGAACAGGACCUGUGUCACCAGAUCUCACUUUUCACAAGAAAUUAGAAUGCUGGAUUCUUGAGCAGAAUUUCCUGAUUUUUAAAUGGUAGCAACUAACUAAAACUUUAAAAAGAUAUGGCAGGCCAAACAAAAUGUUUUGUGGCCACUGGUUUCUCAACCUUUGGCUGGUAAGAAGGGAUAGUGCAAAAGGUGUUGCUCUCAGUUCUAUGCUGGCAAGGAAUUAGAUCUGUGUAGGGGCAAGCUGGCAGGUGUAGAUGGGAAGAAAAGCCAAAGGCAUGGGUUCCUUCACUUCCCUGACCUUCCAGGCUCACUGGGAAGCCAAUAAUCUUCUGGAUUUGUCUAGUUGAGCUCUGUCCUUGAUGUGGUGCUCCAUCCUGCCUUACUAGAAAAUAGGCGGAAGGAAAGUAACUGAAGAAAUAGAAGCACAGGACCGGAUGGGUUGUGCAGUGAGAAUUCUAGAAUUUUGUUUCCUUUUUGUUGUUGUUUGUUUUAAGACAGGGUUUCUCUGAGUAACAGAUCUCUGGCUGUCCUGGACUCACUUUGUAGACCAGCCUAGCCUUGAACUCACAGAGAUCUAUCUGACUCUGCCUCCCUGAGUGCUGGGAUUAAAGGCGUACGUACGCUACCAUGCCCAGCAAAAUUUGGUUUCUUUAUAAAACACAGAAAUAAAAGAAUUCAUUUUUAUUUUAA